GAAAAAACACAAAACUUCUGAUGUUCUUCCAGGAUGUGUGCUGUGUUUGGUGGGAUCUAUUGUCUGCGCCACGCCGUGCAGUGUCUUGUCGUAGACAAAGAAACGAGAAGGUGUAAAGCCAUCAUAGAUCAUUUUGGACAGAGGAUAAGUGCUAGCUACUUUGUUGUGGAAGACAGUUACCUUUCUGAGAAAAUAUGUGCAAAUGUGCCUUACAGGCAGAUUUCCCGAGCAAUUCUCAUUACGGAUCGAUCGAUAUUGAAGUCUGGCUCAGAUCAGCAGAUUUCCAUUUUGACCAUUCCGCCUACGGAGUUAGGUCAGCCCGCCAUUUGCCUCGUAGAACUCUGUUCUUCAACCAUGACCUGCAUGAAGAACACGUAUUUAGUUCAUUUAACUUGUUCUUCUGUUAAAACUGCGAAAGAAGACUUGGAGCCUGCUGUACAACAGUUAUUCAGUGAGUUUACAGAAACAGUAAGUGAAGGCACAGGAGAAGGUCAAAAGCCUCAGAUUCUGUGGUCGGUCUAUUUCAACAUGAGAGACUCUUCUGGUAUAGACAGGGCUUCGUACGACAACUUGCCUUCCAAUCUCUACGUUUGUUCUGGGCCUGACAGUGCUUUGGGGAACGACUGUGCUGUCAAACAGGCUGAGGUGAUUUUUCAAGAGAUGUUCCCCAAAGAGGAAUUCUGCCCACCGCCUCCAAAUCCAGAAGACAUUAUCUAUGAUGGGGAUGGAACUCAGCCGGAAGAUCCUGGAUUUAGCAGUCCCUCUGAGGACAAUCCCGAGAAUACGCCAGAGAAGCUGACUGAAGAGAACGAAGUCCCCCCUGAGGAGUGAGCCGCUGGCCAGGCCAUCCCUGAACAACGUCGCUCUGGACUCUGAAGUUCAGCCCCAUCUGAAGGACCACCAUCGGACAACAGGCAACCCAGCCAUUCAGUGGGACUUGACUGAGUAGCUUGACAGUUGAGUUGGAGACCCAAGAACCUCGUCUGCAAUCCCAUGCUGAGAUAUGUUAUUAGCCUUCCUCAUUGCUCUGGGAAAGACAUGUUGCUGUUUAGUAAAUAUAAGGGAUUCCCCGGCCCCAUGCAGUUAGCCAGCAGCACAACAUAGAAGCGUAGAUUUUUGUUUCAGAGAAGGUGGGAGCCCUUCGUUCCAUUCCCGGGGGGAAAAAACUGCUUGGACCGGAACUGGAGGGCAAGUUUUGGUAACAGCCUUCCACCAUCGGCUCUUUGGCCGGAUGAAAGCAUUUGCCUGUUCUGUCAUUUUCUUUGGCUUGCUGUGCAGAAUGUCGCUGAUGUGUGUCAUCUGCUCAAUAGAAUAAUAUAUAUAUAUAAAUAUAAAUAAAGUCCUUGCCUUCUUGAAA